UAUUCUGCAGUCGGGAGUGAAUUAAAAUUCUAUAUAGACUCCCGAUUAGCUCUUUUAAAUAUCGAUCCAAACAUAUAUAUUUCACGCACUUUCUGGAGGCAGAGAAAACCGGAAAUGAAAUAUCUGCGAAGAAAUAUGGCGAGCAGCAUAUGCGCUGAUAUCACAGGGGUAAGCAAGUGUUGCAAUCUACCUACAUACAUGUUUCGAGUUGAUAAGCAAAUGCAAUCUCGAACAAUGGUAAAAAGUAUACAACAUGGCAAGAAUAUGUCUUGGUGGAAGGCAAAUAAAAAGCAGUCCGCGCCACUUUGGAAAGCCAUAAACAGUUAGUAACUCUUCGAGGAAUAAUGUUGUUCAAAGCGUUACCAUUGUUCCUAACAAUUGGCACAGCCCUGGCCUUGAUGCCGCUGAAGCCGAAGAUCGAAUCCGAUCGCAGUCUAGUGGACUUUAUGCUUAUGUCGCGUGGAGUGGGCUCAAGCAACCCAGCACUGAACCAGUACUGCUUUAACCGCUACUUGCCAAUCUUGAAGGACAUUACGGAUCAGUACGAGGCUGACUAUGGCAAGUGUGUGGACACGUAUAAGGCGGAGUGCGAGGCAAUAGACGCAAAAUACUACGAACCUCGUGAAAACUUCACCGCAACAGCUAAGGAGACCUGCGAUGCUCUGCUGAAAUGUGAUGGCAAUGUCCACUAUGUUGAUGCCUUUGACUGCUUCGCAAGCACAGGCUCCGAAUAUUCCAAAAAACUGUUCACUCUGUCAUCGGAUGCCGGUGAAUACGGCGGAAUCGUGAGGGAGCUGUAUCGUGCCGCUGACACCGUGGCCGAGUUCUGCGCCAACUAUGCCGAAAGAGUUUAUUGGGAAAAUACCGACCGCACGUAUGCUGAGCUCCAGAAAUGCCUGAAUGGCGACAUCGUCGAGCCUUCUUCAACGCCGUCCACUACCAUCACAACCACCGCAGAAACAGAUGCAACUACUGUAUAAUGCGCAUAUACAUCAAUUAUUUGAAAAAAAUUUUAUAUAAAGCUGAUCAUGAAAUUCCUAUA